AUGGUUUCCUUGGAGAAGGAGAGCGACCGCCAAGCCAUGGAGAACGUCAGGGAGUUCAGGAAAGGCUUGCUGUGCAGUAUAUGCAACGAGUUUCUGAGCGACACUUACAACCUUCCCUGCGGACACAGCUUCUGCCGAGAGUGCAUCGACGAUGCCUUAGCCGAGAGGAACUCGUGCCCUGACUGCAUGAACCCCGCGUGGCAAAAGGAUACCCUCAAGAUGGCUCUCACGGACAGCACCGUGCAAGACUGGGUAGCCAAUUGCGAGCGGCUCUACCAGGCGCACGUUGCUCGGCAGGCCGCACGGGACGGGGAGAGCAGCGACACCGACAGCGAUUUGGCUCUCGUCGAGGCCUCCUCCGGAGACGAUGAACGGGGGGGCACCGACAUCGACGAGGAGGAGGAGGGGGGAGGCAAUGUGGCCCCCAUUGCGGUCCCAUCCGCGCCGCCCCCGCCGCCGCAGCAGCAACCGCCGGCGCGGCAGGCGGCGCCGGAGAACGAGGGGGUCGUAGGGGCAGCAGCAGCGGCAGCACCAUCACUGCCAUUGCCCGCCGCCGCGGAACCCCUCCCCUGCCGUUCGUUGAAAGGAGCGGAGAAGGAGAACAACGCGGCAUCGGGAUCGUGGGGAGCCGCCACUGCGACUUCCUCUGCUGAUUUGUCGGUUGCAGCAGCAGCACCUACCGCCGGUGUCGUGGGGGUCGAACGAGCGGCCGCGUGGAGCUCUUCCCCCUCCUCCUCCUUCUCCGGCCAGAACAGAACACCUCGCGUCAGGUUUCAACCGUCGCCGCUGCGCGCCUGCGCUGCUCCUUCCGAAGCCGGCCAGAAAGGUUCGGGUCGUCAGGAGGAGGAAGCAAGCGUUCAUCCCAGGCGAGAGAAGCUGCCGCCUGCGGCCGCCGUCACCAAGCCGCGUGAUUCCUCGCCCUUGGUGUUGGAAGGCACCGUCAAAGCCGGCGACGUAGUGGACGCCAGGCUUCCCACGGAGGGGGAAAAGCUGCGGUCUACGCCGGCGGCGGCGCCGUUGAAUCGGAGCGUUGCCAACACGGCCGCGGCUUCGCCACCGGGCACAGAAUCUGAACGCCGGGAAUCUACGCCGCCACGGGGCACCCUUGUCGUGACCGCGAAAGACCCAGGGCCGUCGCCGUCGGUCGUGCCUGAGAAACCAGCUGCUGUUGAACGUGAAGAGGGCGGGUCCAGUUUUGCUGUCGGCCUUCCGGAUACGUGCGACAUCUUCGAUGCCGAAUCGUCGCCGCCGCACUCUCCGAUAGCGUCGACGACGACGACAACCACGAUGCUCAUCCUCACUCCGCCUACCCUGAAGCCCGGUGGCCCCGAGACUAAAGCGGCGCCGCGGGUCGGUGGCACCUCAGCCGAAGGGGGGACCAGCACAGACGUGGGGGUGGGCGGGGGUGGAGGGGGACUCGGAGGGGUGGAGUUGGGCGACUCAGGGAGCGAGGACGGAGUCUCGGACGCCGAAAGUGUUCCCCUGCUGGGCGCCAACGCCCGGUUAAAGGACGUGAACGGGCAGAAGCCGCAGCAGCAGCAGAAGCAGCAGCACGGUUCCGGGCGAACAUGGCCGUCGGACGGGGUGCCUAGCCCGUCUUCACGGAGUCCUUUGGCUGGUAGCGGAGUUGAUCGACCGGACGAGACGACGGUCCGGCAUAGGAGCACAGCUGCCAACGACGAGGAAGGAGAGGAAACCUGCGACGAAGCCGACUCGCUCUCCAACUAUGGAGGCUCUGGUGCGGCGCUUGGUGAUUGCGGGAGAGGGGAGCAGCCGACCACAGGCGUAGAAGACGAGCGGGCAAACGAAGCGGUGAGCUUGGAGGCAACGGGGCCGUCAAAAGAUGUUGAUCCGUCCUCUUCCCCGUCACGAGUUCCGCUCGUCCUCACCAACGGGGGUGAGGUUCCGAAACGACCUGCAACUCACGGCGCAGCGUCGGGGGCGGCCGAGAAGACGUCUCCAGCGAAGGGUACGGGUGUCGUCGAUUCUGUCCGACCAGGUUGUCAAGCACCGACGGCUUCUCCGCGCCACGAUAAGCUCUUCCCGGAUGGGCAACGCUCCGCCGCUGUGGCGUCAAAGGAAGCAGAAUUGUCGAGUACGACGCGGGUGGAUUCCCCGCAGCCGGUCUCGGGAAGCCUACAGCGGCAACCGCAAGCUUUCACGGCUCCGUCGGAAGCGUCGGUGCUGCACGACGAGCAGAGCGCCGCUAAGGGCGAUGUUCUUGCGAGGCGGGAGGGGCGAAGCCUCGACGGCGGGGAGCUUUGCGUCGCGGAGACCCUCCCUCAGACGCCGGGACUCGGCGGAGAUGUGCUAGACAAGCACGCGGUGGUAGCGUCGCCGGGGGAUGACGGCGACACAACGGUGCCGGAAACUUCGGCGCAGGGGGGUCUCGCAACGGACGUUCUAGAGCCAAACCCGCCCAAGUCGUUGGCGGGAGGCGUUAUCGCUGGCCCGGCAGGAGGCACCCCCGGGGUGGAGCAACCAGAGGGAGGAGGCGUGGGCGAGGCUUUUGAAGGGGGUAAGGAGGACCCAAACGUUGCUCGAUUAGAGGUUCCGGACAGCUGUGUCGCCCAUGCCGACGGCCAGGAAGAGCACCACGCGAGUGGCGGGGGCACAGCGUCUGACGGGCUCGAUGGGCGGGGCCCCGUGCGAGCGGAGCAACUCGGCGACAAGAACACGCGGGGUUCUUCUGUCGCUGCCGCUGCUCUUGCUGCUCCGCAACCGGGCGUGAAAGGUGGAGGUAGAACGCCCUCGAGCCAGGCGGCACCUCUCCAGCAACGGCGAUCACCAGAGAACGCGACGACCCGUGUAGAUUCUCCAGGACUCAAGACGGGGAGCUCAGCGGACGGGCGACUGCGGCACGAUUCAGACGAAGUGCCGGAAACCCUACCGUCACAGCGGGUCGGCGUGGAUGCCGGGGAUGGCAGAGGGAGCUCUGCGGCCGCUCCCGACGUCUGUUUGGCCACUCAGGAGCUAUCGGAGCAGAGAGAAUCAACUAGGUGUUCAGACGAUCACGGGCCGGAGCUUGGGCGGAGAAUCCCUGAAACUGCCGCUCAAACCAGCACCACCCAGGAAAUCCAAAGCCUUACUACGCAGGAGGUGCCGGAGACGGCGCAUGCGUGGGGUAGUGUCGGGGCUUGUGGCGGGAGUAGCUCUUCGCGAAUCGACGGGGUGGGAUCGGCGGCGAGCGGCAGUUACUCCCAAUCAGAGGUCCUUGAAACCGAGCAGCUGCAUGGAGGGGCGACCCAGGGCACUGCAGAUUGUGCGGGAGGAGUCGGCGCCAGCGGCGUCGGCGACGGCGUGGAAGAGCAAGGUGCAGCGCGAUUCAGGCGUGGGGCCAUUGCGCAGUCGCAGCAGCCGCAGCAGCCGCCACCGCUGCAACAGCAGCAGAGCAAGAGUAUGCCGCCAUCAUCGUCGACGUUGCCGGCGGAAGCCGUGGUCGGAGGGACAAGCAGGGACGAGGUGGGUGGGGUCAAGAGCUGUGCUGGACUUGGAGAUGGCGAGAAGCCGGGUGAAGCGUGGGCGUCUCCCGGAUCGCUCCGCGCCGACGAAGCGGCCGGUGUCCACGGAGGGGUUCGCGACGGGGGCAGCCCAAAGAGCUUGGUGCCGACAGAGAGGACGCCGGAUGGUAGCGGGAACCGCAAGCGAUCGGCCGAUUACGCCACCCUAUCCCCCAGCAGCAGGCUUUCCUGCGACCCGGGGAGUGCCGGGAAGCGAACAAGGUUGACGCCGCCGCCCUACUCUGCGGCAAACCCCUCCGCGAGGCCCGGGGCAGCCGCAAGCGAUGUGGAAGCCUCCUGCAACGACGACAAGCCGCCGGAUGGCGGUAGCCCGUGGCAAGAUGCCGGGCGGGGCAGCCAGCAGGGCCGCCCGAUCGCUCUUCGAGGGGGCAGCGGCCCUCCAGGGAGCGACGACGAGAGUGAGAUGCCCGACACCGACCACGACCUAGCUGCCGUGCAGGACGCCUGGCACGCCGAGGGAGGUUACGAGUUUGGCGACGACGGCGGGUACCUGGAAGACCAGACGGAAGAAACGGAAUCGGGUCGGCUUCCUUCUUCCCCGGCCGGCGAUGACUCCCCCCCCCGGAAGCCCCGAAAGAACCAGGAGGUCGACAACCCGUAUGCCCCACAGGCCCACCUUGAUUUGAGUCACGGCGGCGACGAUUUUCAACCGGCCGCCCGUGCCGACGGGAUGAUGUCUCCACCCGUCGGCGGCGUGGAAGAAAGCGGUAAGAAGCCUCGCAGCUCUCGUACCGCCGCCCGCCGUCCUUCGAAGAGCACCAUGGGCUUCGGCAGCCCAAGCUUUGGCGGUGCCGUCCGCAUCUCGCCGAGCUUGAGCGGCUCGAGGUUUGCCGCCAGCCUGAACGACAGCAAUCGCCGCCCCAUCAAGAACAGGAUUUUGGCGGCCGGACGGGAGCAUGGUCUUGGCGGAACGACACCAGCCAGCCUCUCGGUGCCGGACAAGAGCGGUACUUGGUCGUCGUUCAAUGACCUGGGACCGGAUACCGAGGAAGUGGAAAACCUGCAAGCCCGCGUUGCGGAAAAACGGGCUCAGGAGAAGGCGGCCGCAGGCUCGGCAGCUCCGGAGACCAACUCGUUUGACCCUAGCGACGCCGAGUACGAAGAAGGGGGAGAAAGCGACGACGACGGCAGCUGGACGGGACGGGGGGAGCAAAAUCACGGUCAUCGCCAAGGAUGGGAUACGCGGAGGGAUUCCUCGUCGGAGAACAAGCGCAAGAGGACUGCUAUGGCAGCAGCAGCGGCUGCAGCAACAACAACAGCAAGCGAGGGAAGGGGAACCAAGGUGCCCCGGGAAGCUCGUCACGACAGAGGCGACGAUGGCCGCCCCCGCCGCCGCCGCAGCCCUGUCCUUAUCGUCCUGCUCGGUUGUAGUCCGCGGGAGCAGAAGCGCGCGAACGAGCUGUGCGCGAGGUUGGGACAGCGCCGCCCUGAGACAGAACUGGUUUCGGGCGCGACACAGCGUUGUGGUUGGCAGCCAGUAUACGCGGCCAGCAAGCAGCAGCAGCGAUGGUAG